ACACUCACUACCCACGUAUCGAGGCGCGAGCUCUCAGAUCUCAGUUGGGGCCAAGUGCGGUCUCCGUUCGGUUGCGUGUGGUGUUGCGUGUUCCAACGUCGGUAUCACGUAUUUCACAACUCGUCUCUGCACGCGAGGAGAAUUGCCCGAGAGGGAUUUGACACGAGAGAAAACGCAUUUUACCUGCCUUUCUUUGUCUCACCUGUCACUGUUCGUUUCCCGACGUACAGCAACAGAUCGCCACGAUGAGUGUGCGCGGCAAGCAGGUGCAAAAUGGUACCUACGAGUUCGAUUACAUGCGGGUACCUGAUAGCAGGACGCGCUGGGAGAUAUUUCGCGACGGUAUCCACAAUCCCCAAGAAGGAACGUAUUGCGGUCAUACGCCAAAAAAAUGGGGCAUCACUCUCAUCUUUUACGGUUGUUUCUACGCCGGGCUGGCGGUGCUGUACGCUAUCUGCAUGAAGGGCAUGUUCUCCACGUUGAGCAACGAAAAACCUACGUGGAUUUUAAGCAGCAGCCUCAUAGGUACCAAUCCAGGUUUGGGAUUUCGACCGAUUUCGGAUAAUGCCGACGAGAGAUCGCUCAUUUGGUACAGCGCGUCAAAUGCGACUGAAGUGAAAAAAUGGACGCACCUCUUGGAUAAGUUUUUGGAGCAGUACGUUAAUUCGUCACUUUUGCCAAAUGAGGGUAGAAACCAGCAGAUUUGCAAUUACACCAUGCCGCCAAAGUCCGGUAAUGUAUGCGCGGUCGACGUGAACAGUUGGGGACCAUGUUCGCCGACUCGACAAUACGGCUAUAACAACUCGGCACCUUGCGUCUUCAUCAAGCUCAACAGGAUAUACGGAUGGAUUCCUGAAUACUAUAACGACACUCAGAAUUUGCCGAAGGAGAUGCCAGAAAGCCUACGCAGAUAUAUACAGGAACUCGACGCUUCAUGGCUAAAUACCGUAUGGGUGUCCUGCAAGGGAGAAAAUCCUCACGAUGUCGAAAGUAUCGGUGAACUGUCGUAUUAUCCGCGAGGACACGGCUUUCCAGGAUUUUAUUAUCCGUACACAAAUAUCCCGGGCUACUUAAGCCCGGUCGUCGCUGUCCAUUUUCGUCGACCAAAAAGAAAUCAACUCAUCAACGUAGAAUGUCGAGCAUGGGCAAAGAACAUCGAAUAUAGUUCGAUCAGAUCCGAGAAAAAGGGUGCUGUGCACUUCGAACUUAUGAUUGACGAAUGAUCCAUGCGUCAACAAUCUUAGAGAAUGUCACCGUUUUCGGCGCAUCGCGACUUUACGGUGUUAUUGCGGGGUUUAGAAAACCCGGAUGCGCACAAAAACACGAAAAGAAACACACGUCGCGCGAGUCUCUAUUUCUGAUUGCAACACUGCUCGCGCCUAAAGCACAGCGAACACAAUUAAUAUACACAUGUAUAAUAAGUAUGUAAAACAACAAAAGUCAAAUUUUUGAAGAUAUACAUUUGAGGAUAUAUUUUUCUAAAAAUAUAAAUAAUUCUUUUCACAUAUAAAUUCAAGACUCGUUUGGAAAUUUGUGUCAAGCGUCUCUCUGUUUUAUAAAUAUAUAUACACAAAUAAAUAUUUUUUGAACAUAUAUCCUGCAUUGUAUAUGUACACGUCUAAAUUUUGUGAUCUUAAAUCGUAUUAUUUUCAACAUCAGUUUGAACGAAAUACUUGUGCUUUUUCGAAUUGUCACUGUGCGCAAUUUGCGUCUUACUCUUGUGGCGUACUUACUUAAAAAUAAUUUAGAUGUAAUAAUUGUACAGAAUAUGAAUAAUAUAGUAUAUUGCGUGCGCUUCCGUAUAGCAGAUAUAUAAUUGUCGAAAUAAAUAUAUACCAGCAUAAGAUAAAAAUUCUUGUAAUAGUUUUUUUUU